GUAGGAAACGUGCGGUUCACGUUGUUUUGCGUUAUUUUCAAAUUAAGAAAGUGUCAGUAUGCUGCUCACAGAGUUCCCCAUUCCAAACGUGGGUGUGCAUCACAAAGAAGAUAAUGUACAGACCUAUAUAGAUGGUAACUUAACUGGGACAGGAUCCCUGUAUAUUGCAGAAAGCCAACUAACAUGGCUGAGCGCUGGUGGAGAAGGCGGUUUCUGUCUUGAGUAUCCAAAGAUCGCAUUGCAUGCAGUGUCACGUGACAUCACAUCAUUCCCUCAGCCAUGUCUUUACCUUCAGGUGGAGGGAAAGCUUAUUGAUGAUGAUAACAGGAGCACUUCAUCAUCAGAAGGGGAAGGAGAGCCCGAUGAAGAGCCCAUGUCCGAGGUCAGAUUCGUCCCCGCAGACAAUAUAGCACUGGAUGGGAUGUUCACAGCAUUGUCCAACUGUCAGAUCUUACAUCCGGAUCCAGAGGAGGUGGACUAUGAUGAAAAUGUAGAUGAUGAGUAUUACGAAGGUGAGGAAGGUGUUGAACAACUGACAGAGGAAGGCCAGAUAAAUCUGGAGCGGUUUGAGGCCAUGUUGAGACAGGGACAGGGGGACGGGCCUAACACAGAUGAGCCAAACACCAACGGCAACGCUGAAGAUGCAGAACAUAGAGGACCAGAGGACGGUGGACAGUUUGACGAUGCCGACAUGGAACAAUGAGAUAAUUCAUGUUUCAGACUUUGAUUGUUAUACAUAAAGUUGGUCUUCAGAGUCUCAUAACAUUGAGCACAGAAACAUUGGGAAACUAAGACUGUGGACUGUUUUUCCACACUGGUGUAAACUGUUCUGACACGCAAACUGAGAUAAUAACUUACCUUGGGCUUAUUGUAGAUAUUGCAGUGGUCGAAAUUAAUACAAGCCCACAAGCCUUGCACUGGUAAAAUGUCUUCCAGGCUUGCUCAAAUUCUGUAUUUAAAAUAGCAAGGCAUGUUAACAUUUUUGAUGCCAAGCGAAGUAUAAGAAUUUGGCCUUGUUCAUCCAAAGUCGAAUUCCUAUGACUGAUAUUGGCAUCAAAGGUUACGUGUAGGUCUUAUUGAACUAUAAAAAACAUAAAAAACAUUCAUCUCACCAAUGGCUGUCAAUCAACUACCGCCUAAUGAUCUGCCUUGUUGAGCCGAGAAUAUCUCGUCCACCAUGUGUACAAAAUACCAGGAAUUUCACUUUAAGAUAUUUAUUUUACUUUUUCUCAUUGUUGUAUUUCCUUGUUUUAAUCUUUUCAAAAUGAAUGUUUCUUGAAAAGUAAGAAUGUAUUUGAAAUAAUGAGAAUUGCAAAAUGUAUAACGUGGUCAUGGGAAAUUGAUCAUCUUUACAUGAUUUACAUGAUGGCAGUGAUUACUACAUCAACAAGGGAAGUAACUGAUGUGUGCAAUUUGAUUGGCUGCCUGUUUAUUGCUCUUGUCAGUUUCUUUUGGUGAAGACAGUGUUUAAAAAACGUAUAAAACUAACCUUUCAACUUUAAUUGUUGACACAUCCCAUAUAGCUUGUCUUAGCUCACAAUACAAUUAAGUAGAAUUAUGGACAGUACAAAAGAAAAAUGGAGCACUUACCCAUAGGAAGACCCAUAGAAAGACCAUUAAAAAUGCACUCCAACUCCCAAAUAAGAUGUACAACAAUUUAUACAAUUGUUUUAAUUUACCAAAAAGGAUGAAUAAAUAUCGAAAAUAAUGAUUCUUAUGAAGGAUACCGUGUUAAGUUUGAAAGAUAGGUGCGGAAAACAUGGUAUUUCUACCGUACCAGGCAAUAUUUGAUCAUUGUAAAUCUUUUAGGAUCCAUUUAGUACUUGUGCGUCUUCAGCUAUUAAAUACAUGGUUACAAUCUUGUUAUCAGUAAUACAUAUUUUUCAUAAAUGCAUUAUUUAGUAAGUUGUUUAAGGUUUAUUACUCAAAAUUUAUAUUUGUUAUACAUGUGUAUGUAUUGAUUUUAAAUAUGAGUGGCACUUUAAGCAAAAAGAACUGCAACUCUUGUUUUCAGCAUAUGAUUUACAUUGUAUGACUGAAUUGUUAGACCUGUCUUCACUGUUUUACUAUGUCAUAGUUUCAAGUUGUUCAUGAAAUUGUUAAGGAUAUAUUUUUUCUUGUUGUCUGUAACAAAAUUUGUAUAAUAUUGAAUCAAUGGCAGCAACUAUUUUCAUGAUACAUGUAUAAUACUAGUGUAUAAAGAAACCGUGCAUAACAAGAGAGUUGUCUGAAAAAAUGUAAAUGAUGUUUGCUUCAGUUAUUUGAAACCCAAACGUAACUGUAACAGAGGAUACUUCCACAAGGAUUGUGAUCAUCUUUUAGCUCGACUAUUUGAAGAAUAGGUGGGCUAUACUACUCACCCCAGCGUUGGCGUCGGCGUCCGGUUAAAGUUUUAGGGCAAGUUGGGAUUUUCACUUAUAAGUCCAAUACCCUACAUUCAAUUGACUUAAUACUUUACGCAGUUGUUCAGGGCCAUCACAUGAUGAGGUUAGAUAACUCCAUAUUAUUCUUUACACAGAUUAUGGCACCUGAUUGACUAUGGAACUUAAAGUUUUAGGGCAAAUUGGAAUAUUUAUUAAUAACUUCUAUAUCCUUUGUUCAAUUGACUUAAUACUUCACACAGUUGUUCAGGACCAUCACACAAUUAGGUUACAUAACUCCAUAUUAUCCUAAAUACAAGUUAUGGCCCCUGAUUGACUUAAGUUAAAGUUUUAGGCCAGGUUAAAGUUUUAGGCAAGUUGGGAUUUUCACUAAAAACUCCAAUACCAUUCAUUCAAUUGACUUAAUACUUCACACAGAUGUUCAGAGCCAUCACAUAAUGUGGUUAGAUAACUCCAUAUUAUCUUUUAUACAAAUUAUGGCCCCUGAUUGACUAUGGAACUUAGGUUAAAGUUUUAGGGCAGGUUGGGAUAUUGUUUAAUAACUUCUAUACCCUUCAUUCAAUUGACUUAAUACUUCACACAAUUGUUCAGGACCAUCACCCAAUGAGGUUACAUAACUCCAUAUCCUUAAUACAAGUUAUGGCCCCUGAUUGACUUAGGUUAAAGUUUUAGGCAAGUAAAAGUUAAGGGCAAGUUGGGAUUUUAAGAAAAAACUUUAAUACCGUUCAUUAAAUGCACUUAAUAAAAUUCAAAAUUAUUUACAACCAUCUUACAUCAAGAAACAUAAAUCCGUUUUAAGCCUAAAUACAAAUUAUGGCCCUUGAAUUAUUUUUUUUUUUUUUUUCCUUUGAAAGAAAUAUUGGUAUAUUCUUUACCACAUUUUCAUAAUGGGAAAUCAAGUUAUUUCAAUAACUUGCGUCAUUGUUUGGGCGGGCUGGUGGGAGGGCAGCAUCAAACUCACCUUAUGUAUCGAAUAAUUUUAGUUAGGUUUGACAUAAAGAGACCAAACUUGGUGUUAUUACAUCGUUAUUGUAUUCUAAAUCAAAGCGGCAUAGUCGAGCGUGCUGUCUUACGACGGCUCUUAUUGAAUUAAGACAUCUUACUGUAAUAAGUUGUCAUUUCAGGGGUUACUUUAGAACUGAUAAAUUAAAGCAAGCAUGGUUUCUUUUUUCACUGGUAUAGGCUAAUGCUGUUCAUGUACAUGACUGUACUCAUUCUCAUCAUUGUUAUGCCCCCUGCCCCCCAUGGAAGUAGCAGGGGUAUAUUGCGUUGCACAUGAAAAUUGGCAUCACAAUUUGUAUGCAGGAGUGGGUCCGUAAAUAUAGGUUCCUCAUGAAAGAAUUUGUUGAAAAUUCAUUACAGAACAUUAAUAGCAGAUUGAAAGGUAUUGAUUACACAUUGCCACUGUUUUCAUUGGGUCUAUCAUUUACCAUUUAUGAAAUCUCAAUUUGUACAGUACUUGUCAUGCAGUAUGCAAUUUGUCAUCAAUAAAUAAUACAUGUACCA